AUGGCUUACCGUCCACGCUCCAACUCGAGCGACCGCGAGUCUGGCUAUGCCAGUGGCAGUUCGACUGCCUCGCUAUCAGAUGUCUACUUCAGCAGACCGCAUCUGAAGUUCUUGAACUCGCAAUUGGCGAAGUUGUCCCCUCAGGAUGUGCUCAAGUGGUGCAUCACAUCGCUGCCGAACCUCUACCAGACCUCAGCGUUCGGUCUGACAGGGUUGGCGGUCAUGGAUAUGAUCUCCAAGCUCGACUUUGUCCUCAAGCCAGACAUUGACCUCAUCUUCCUCGACACUCUUUACCACUUCUCGCAAACACUCGACCUGGUCGAGCGAGUCAAGACCAAGUACCCUCAUCUCACUAUCCACUCUUACAAGCCAAAAGGGUGCGACGCGACUGCCGACUUCGAGGCCAAGCAUGGCGAGAGGCUGUGGGAGACGAACGACGAGUUGUACGACUUCGUCGCCAAGGUCGAGCCAGCACAGCGUGCAUACAGAGAACUCGGCGUGCAAGCUGUCUUGACCGGUCGGAGACGUACGCAAGGUGGAAAGCGUGGUGAUAUCGACAUCGUGGAGGUGACUGAGGAAGGCCUGAUCAAGGUCAACCCACUCGCCAACUGGUCGUUCAAGGACGUCCAGAAGUAUGUCCAAGAGAACGACGUCCCAACCAACGAACUCCUCGACCAAGGCUACCGCUCCGUUGGUGACUGGCACUCCACUCAGCCAGUGACCGACAGCGAAGAUGAGCGUGCCGGCCGCUGGAAGGGCAAGCAAAAGACCGAGUGCGGCAUCCACAACAAGCGCAGCCGCUACGCCAUCUUCCUCGCCGAGCAAGAAGCGAAACGCCAGGAGGAACUCAGCAACGCCAUCCACGCCGGCCUGAAGAUCGAAUCCUCCGCAUAA